AUGUCCCUUCCUUCGCCUUUGGCACGUCUAGUGAACACACUCAGUGCAUCCUUGCACUCACUACUUACCGAUCCUCAUUACUUCUAUGCCCUCGCUACUCUCGUGGUCCUUGGAGAUGCCGUUCUCACCCAGCUUAUUAUCCGCUUCGUGCCAUAUACUGAGAUCGACUGGGAGACGUACAUCUACCAGUUGGAGCUAUACAUGAAGGGCGAACGGGACUAUGCCUUGAUUUCGGGCCCGACAGGUCCCAUCGUGUAUCCAGCGGGACACCUGUAUGUCCACCGUCUCCUGUAUGCGAUCACAGAUUCCGGGAAGAAUUUGGUAGCGCCUCAGGAAGUCUACUCGUUGCUUUAUAUCGCACUCCUCGCAAUAACGUGCAUAAUCUACCGCCAAGCUGGUGACGUGCCGAACUGGAUCCUGUUAUUACUACCUCUCAGCAAAAGACUGCACUCCAUCUUUGUAUUGAGACUCUUCAAUGAUUGUUGGAACGUUUUCUUUGCGCAUGCUGCUAUUCUAGCAUUUGGAUAUGGCUGGGAUAUUCCCGGGAUUUUGCUGCUGGGUUGUGCAAUGUCAAUCAAGAUGUCAGCACUUCUCUAUCUACCGGGACUCGUAGUAGUCCUCUUCAAGAGACGCGGCUUCCUGUCCACUCUCGCUCACGUCUCUGCUCUCGCCUUGACUCAACUGGUCAUCGGCUUACCCUUUCUGUGGCAAUAUCCAUUGUCAUACCUCAAGUAUUCUUACCAGUUUUCUCGCACGUUCUUGUACAGAUGGACGGUGAAUUGGAGAUUUAUUUCGGAAGAGACAUUUCUUAGUUCUGCGUGGGCAAAAGGCCUCCUAGCCGGCCAUCUAACGACACUCGUCGCCUUCGGGUUAUUCAAGUGGUGCAAAGGUGAUGGUGGGGUAUGGUAUGUAGUGAGUCGAGGUUUGCGUACACCCCUCCAACGCCCUCCGGUUCCUCCGGUAACAGCAGACUUCGUCACCACCGUUCUCUUCACGUCAAACUUGAUUGGAAUAUUAUUUUCACGGUCACUUCACUAUCAAUUCUACUCUUGGUAUGCGUGGCAGCUGCCAUUCCUAGCGUGGAGGACGAAAUAUCCUGUUGUCAUCAAACUUGCUAUUCUUCUCGCGAUCGAAUAUGCGUGGAACGUUUUCCCCUCCACUCCGUUAUCCUCGAGCAUUCUGUGCGGAGCGAAUAUGCUGUUGGUGGUCGGGUUGUGGUUCGGCUAUCCUGAAGGGAAGAAGGACAUCGUACAUAAAUCAGAGUAG